AUGGCUGGGAAACCAUUGAGCAGGGAAGGAGGGAGGUAUAAGAAGUAUGUUUUCCUGGACCCUCUGGCUGGCGCAGUAACGAAAACGCACACCAUGCUGGGCACGGAGGAGGAGAAGUUGUUCGAUGCCCCUCUGUCCAUCAGCAAGAGAGAGCAGCUGGAGCAGCCGGCUCCAGAAAACUACUUCUAUGUGCCAGGCCUGGGCCAGGUUCCUGAGAUCGAUGUGCCAUCCUACCUACCCGACUUGCCUGGCGUCGCGGACGACCUGAUGUACAGUGCGGAUUUGGGCCCCGGUAUUGCCCCGUCAGCUCCUGGUGCUAUUCCAGAGCUGCCUGCCUUCCAUACGGAGGUGGCAGCACCUUUCCAGCCAGAACGGGAGGAUGGAGCACUGUUGGCACCACCACCGCCUCCUCCUCCUCCUCCACCGCCACCUCCCCCAGCUCCCACAGCGGUGGUCAGUGCGCCCCAACCACCGAUGUCCCCUGAUGUGGCAACUGUGACUGGCAAGGUUGCCAGGGGAGAGGACACUGGCAGCGGCGUGGCCCACUCAGCCUCUGUUCAGGGAGCCCCUAAGGAGGUGGUUGACCCCUCCAGCGGCCGGGCCACUCUGCUUGAGUCCAUCCGCCAAGCCGGGGCAUCGGCAAGGCCAAGCUGCUUGGCGUCCAAGGAACGCAAGCUUGAGAAGAAGAAACAGAAGGAGCAGGAGCAAGUGAGAGCUACCAGCCAAGGCGGGGACUUGAUGUCAGAUCUCUUCAACAAACUCGUCAUGAGGCGCAAAGGUAUCUCUGGAAAAGGACCUGGCACUGGCACCAGUGAGGGGCCUGGUGGAGCCUUCAGUCGAAUGUCAGACUCCAUUCCACCUCUGCCGCCCCCACAGCAGCCAGCAGGAGACGAGGACGAGGAUGACUGGGAGUCCUAAGAGUGCUUUGGCCCUUCUCCCCCACCAGCAGGAACAGCCUGCAGGGGCUCCUGGGCCAGUUGGAGCCUGUCAGGCUCUGUUACCCAAGGAGCUGCCGGGGUUUGUGCAGGAGUCCCAGGCCUGUGCCUAAAUUCUCUUCAUGGAGCCGGGCUCUGUGAGCCGUCUGCUGCCUUCCCUGUUUCAUGCGACUGCUUCACUGGAUCCUUCCCCGAAGUGCUUCUUCCUUUGAAGGAUCCUGAGAGAAAACAGCAACAUGGUGGACUAAAGAAAGUAACUGUAGGCCUGAACCCCAGCCAAGAGUGGCCUUUUAAUAAAUGAAGAGCAGCCAUGCGGGCUGUGGCUUCGGAGAAGGUGAA